GAUCUUAUUGAGAUUUAUUUAAAAGAAGAAUACAAGAUAGAUACGACUAAUGAUUUACGGAAGGUGAAGUUUGUAUUUAUUUUAGAUGGUUAUGAUGAAAUUGCUGAACGUGAUUGUCAAUGCUAUGAGAGUAAUAAACUUGGUAAAUGGAAUGCAAAAAUUAUCAUCACUUGUCGACCAGAGUACUUGGGUUCAGGAUAUGAAAAAAGGUUUUUACCUAAAAAUGGUGAAAGAGGAUUUCAAGAAUUAACGAUAACUCCAUUUACGAAAACAGAAAUACAACAAUAUAUCAAAAAUUAUGUUGGUAAAGGCCAUUCGCUACAUUAUGACACAGACACGUAUCUACAGCAAAUAAAGAAAAUUCCACAAUUAGAAUAUUUGAUUAGCAAUCCCAUUCUAUUAAAGAUUACCUUGAUAACCUUACCUGAUCUUAUCAAACGAAAAGAAACAACGACCCUUCAAAUAAAUCGUGUAAAUUUAUAUAAGGAAUUUUUAACAACGUGGUUUGACCGUGCACAAAAUCGUCUGUUAAACAUCCAAAAAAUAGAUAAGGAAAAAGAAGCGUUCAGAAUCCUAGAGGAUAAUGGUUUUUCGGAAUCUUGUCUGCGAUUUAGUAAAGAAUUUGCUGCCGAGAUGUUUACAGACAAUAAUAAAGUAGUUAUAGAAUAUGAUUCUAAUAAUUCUAAUUGGGAAACUUUUCUAGGCAAUGAAAAUGCAAAGAAUUACUUGUUGCGUUUUAGUAUGCCAUUAAUACGACGUGGAACUGAAUAUUGGUUUCUUCAUAAAUCCAUAAGAGAUUAUCUGAUUGCCUUGAAAUUUUUGGAGUCGUUUGAGUCGAUUGAAUUAGGUACAACAUUCUUUUACAAGCAGUCACUUGCGUCAGAACCUGGAGUCCAGCAAUUUUUUGCCGAACACAUCCAACAACAGAUGUCAGACGUUAAACCAAAGCUACUAGCAUUUAUUGAAAGUUCCAAACAAAAUGAGCAGGUUCAAAUUGCUUCUGCUAAUGCGAUUACAAUUCUAACACUGAUCGGUGUGCAUUUUAAAAAUAUAAUUGAUUUAAAUGGUAGCAAUUUUUCGGGGGCAGAUUUGAGCAAUAGGAUACUUAAUGAUCUGCAAUUAGAAAAAGCUAAGCUAAAUCAAGUGAAUUUCCAAAAUGUAAACUUUCGAAAUGCAAAUCUCAAAAAUUCAUCUCUUCAAACCGCAGAUUUUAAAGGUGCAGAUCUCACAUCUGCAGAUCUUCAGAAUACACUUCUUCAAGGCCAUGUUUCGAAAUACAAAGCUUCGAAAUACAAAUCUCCAAAGUUCAUCUAUUCAAUACGCAGAUUUUAA